AUGGGUAGUAAUACAGAUGCCAAAAAAGUUGAUGUUGUGAAUGCUAAAGCAUGGGCUAAGAAAUGUGUGAGUAGUAAUGUAGUUGCCAAAAGUUACGAUGUUGUCAAUGUUAAAUCAAUUGCUAAGAAGGGUGUGAAUGCAGUUAUUAAGAAGGGUUUGAAUACUAAUGGUAUUACAAAAAAUGUGGAGGUUGCAAAAUCAUCAUUGGAAAAUGGUCAACAUGUUAUGAAUCCUAUCAAGAUAGAAGAUGAAUCUGAUGACGAUAACCAAUUUUCACAAAGCCUGAAGAAGGUGAAUAAAGUUGAAAUAUCAGUUGCAAAGAAGAAACAGGGUACUGAGAAGUUACAGCACCUUCCUGGAAUUUUAGCUGAGAAAUGCAUCAGGAAAAAUUAG